AUGAGCAUGGACAGCUGCGACACUCAUAAAAUAUCACCCAAGAAAGAUGCCCAGGAGGUCUUUCAAAUUAUCAUCGAUGGCGGAAUCGCUAUCAUCCCAAGCAAUGUUGGAUACGGAAUCAUUGCUAGUCACCCGCAAGCAGUUCGUCGUAUAUUCGACGCGAAAAAGCGCCAGCCGCAUAAACGUCACGCCAUGAUCGGCAAUUACAAUCUUCACAAAAAGGUUCACAGGCUCCCUGCGCGAGAGGCAGAGAUGGUCAGACUUCUGACAGUGGAUUUGGACCUUCCUAUUGGAGUCGUGGCCUCGUAUCGUCCAGACAAUCCAAUAAUUCGGAAGAUUCCACAGGAUUUACUCGAGGGCUGCUCUAUUGAGGGAACUAUAGCUAUGCUUGUCAAUGGAGGGGAGCUUCAAGAGGAGUUAUCCAAGCUCGCAGCCAAUGCAGAGCUCCCAUUGCUCGGGUCUUCGGCAAACCUAACGGGGACAGGAACGAAAGUAGCUGUAGAAGAAAUUGAACCGGAGAUUACAGCGGUGGCGAAUAUUAUUGUCGACUAUGGAAGACAGAAGUAUUCGCAACCCCGACUUUCAUCCACAAUGAUAGAUUUCAACAACUUGAGAGUGCUCCGAUUUGGAGCCUGUUACAGUGUGAUACAAGAUGUGCUUUCGCGCUUCUACGGCGUCCAUUUACCAGAUGAUCCAGGCCGGGAGGUGUUGUUCUCUGGACAUCUCCCCCGCGGUUGCGAUACACUUUGA